UCUGCUAGUGUGUAGUAGUAAUUGAAAGAAAGUCAGACGAUAAAGAAGAGAAGACGAUAAAAACAAGCGAAAAUAAAUUAAAGGAAUAAAUAUACAUAGAUAUUUGACGGAGUUAGAGAAAAAUAUGAAAAAUAUAAUUGGACAGUCUUGUCUAAGUGGCACUAUGUGUAAUAAAGAAGUAAAUACCAGCGACAGUUUGGAGAUUAAAAGCGGACGUUUGUGUCUUGUUCAGAUGCACAAGGGACGUAAAAUGCGGAUACAAGUGUUCGUCCGUGUGUACAGGAGCUCGUUCGAACAUUACGCAGUUCUGUUCAAGGAUCAGAAAUUCAGUCUCCAGUCGGGCUAUAUCAGUUUGAAGAACUGCAUUGUGGAUAAAACGAGCGGGAAAGAACACCAGGUUCGUGUUACGUUGAAUGACUUUGAAGGAACGGGUGUUACAUUUGAAUCCAACACGUGCAAAGAAGCAGACGAAUGGCAGGAGGCACUCCAGCCCCAAAUAAUGUCUUCAUCUCCAACACUAAGCGCCAUUGCGCCGAGUUUAUCACCGGUCAUUCCUAGAUCACCAUUAAUGCCGACGUUAGCUGAGGAAGAAGAGAGUGACGAAGACGUAUGAGGUGCCGACGACGACAUUCCAACGGUCAUUGUUGUUGUCAUUCUGUGAAAUGGAUCCCUAAAUCCAUUUGUUCGAAACUAGCGUCAGGCAUUAUUUUGGACAUUUUAGCCGAGUUUUACGACUUGGCGAUUUUUUAAGUUGAAAUCCCGCCAGACUCUAGUGAAGUUGCCAAGACUUUAGUGAAGUUGCUAACACUUUGGUGCUACAUUGGUGCGAUUAGAGACGACAGAUAACUGUGAUAUGUAACGUUAUAGUGCAAUGGAUUCUUAGCAGACGAUAAAAAAAGUUCUUACUUGGAUUACGUACUGCCAUAACAGAACAUUUAAAAUGUUGAUAAAAAUCUACUCAACAGAACACCACAAACUCUCAACACUAUGAAAUUUAAAGACGUGUCGUUAUUUAACUUAGGACACUUUAACUACAGGGGAGAGUGCAUUUUAGGUGUAAUUUAUAUAAUUUAAAUAUUUUAAGGACAAACAUUUUUGAAGAGAGUAUUAAAAUUUUCAAGGACUUCUAGUGAACAAUCCUUUAUACGCUAUGACACAGGUUUUGGUAAACAAAAAACACCCACUUACGAAUCGAAUGAUGUAAAUGCUACUUCAGACACGCCAAUAAAACUUUACCUGCGUUAAUAAUGAGAUAAAUGAUAUCUCCCCUGGGCGCGUGCCAGAAAUAAAAACAAGACUGUAGGAGUAGUCGCCCUUUAUCCGGUGUUUUAUUGUGUUCUAUUGUAAAUUCUUCAUUGAUUUAUUUUUGAUUGUAUAAUUAUGCAUUUCUUUACUUUAAUCUAGUCUGCUUUUCUGCAAUAAGUCAUUUCUAAAGUGUGUUUUAAAAUUUUGUAAAUCAUUUAAAAUCAUACGAUUUACUUCACCGAUUCAACAUUCACUUGAAUGACUCAUUUAGGUUUAUUACUGUAUAUCAACUGUAGUGGGAAAGUUUCUCUCUUAUCGUAUUGUUCAUCAUUUUAUCAUGGUUUGAUAAAUAAAGCUAUACAAAUAGGCGAUGAAUCAUUGAUUGAUGGAGAUUAAAUGUACUACGGAAAUCAUUUAUUACUAUCUAUUCAACUAAAUCAUUUUAUAGAAAUGCUAUUUUAAGAAACACCGUGAUGUUUAAUUGUUUAUCAUUUCCGAAUCGCAUGAUCCUUUAAGUAAGUAAAACUUUUGAUGAUAAAUCAUUGUUCAAUAAAAAAAAUAUGUAUAAUUUAUUUUAAGAUCUGGCUCAAAGAAAAUUUAAGAACUGUACUAGUUAACAUCAGUAUAUUAGAAUAUGAUAGAUUCCUAAGGGAAUGCAUAAAAAAUAGUUUCUUUACUUUGAUCAAAGAUAAUAAAACACACUAGCAGCGUUGUUAAAAAUACUGUUGUAAUUUAUUUUUAUUUUUGUGUAUUGAGAAAAUUGUUGCUAAGAGUUGUUACAAGUUAUGAAUAUGGUUGUGCAAAUUUAUUCAUUGAGUUUUUGAAACAUUUGUUAAUAUAUUUAUUAGAAUUGUUGUAUGUUUAUAUAUGAAAAAGUGCUAUUUGUUGAUAAAAUAAAUAUAAAAAUACAGAGAAAAAAAACAUUUGAAUAAAAAUUAUAAACUUUUAAAUAA